AUGCAGACGGAUGCGGGUGCUGCGACACUAUCAAAGCCUCGAGGUGCCAUGCCGUUGUGCCCCAACUGUACGAAGUUGCCUCUUGAUGCCCUCCGUCCUCGACAAUUGACGCCACAUGGCCGGCCUUACGCAAGCUUGGAGAAUGCGUUCAAGGAGGCAGAGGACGCCUGCUUCCGGAUUGGAACCCUAAAAGAGAUAGAAGCUAGGUCAGACCGGUGUUCUCUAUGUGGCCUGCUGUGGAAAGCCGUCGUCUCGUGGCACCCUGCUGACCCGGCCCACACCCACUGUAAGGUCUACGUCAGCGCUGUUGGAACCGCUUACGGCUAUGAGCGAUACAACGGGGUCGGAGGAACAAAUACUAUACGAAGAGCCGUGCAAAUAUCUCGAAUGCGAGUGACAUUUCAAGGGAGUGCAAAAACGAGGCGAUCUGAGUCCAGCGAAGCCGCUCAAGAUUUCGAUUUUGAAUUACACGCCGGCGCUGAAGUGGUAUCACCAAAACGGGAUAGUUCUAUCCUAGCGAGAUAUCGGCCUCAGAGCUGCGAUAUGGCAUUGAUCCGAUCCUGGCUUACGCAGUGUUGUCAAGAGCACCAAAGCAUCUGCGACAAACCAAGGUUGCUGAGCUCUGUCACUAUCAGCAUGAAACAAGGAGAGCCUUACCAAAUCAGGUUCAUUGAUGUCCAACGACGUUGCCUUGUGUCCGCUCCAUCCAGUGAACUGUACUGCUACCGCUAUGUGGCUCUCUCCUAUGUCUGGGGCACAAAUAAACAGCCGCUAGGGCUCCAUCGAGAGAAUUCAAAGGCUUUGCAUCAGGACGGAGGUAUCAGAAAUGCAUCGAGGACGGUUGAGGAUGCCAUGAAAGUCACCAGAGAGCUCGGGUAUCGAUUUUUGUGGUGCGAUGUGCUCUGCGUGACGCAAGACGACGCCUCCCAAAAAGCUGCCGACAUUUCUCACAUGUAUCAGAUAUACACGCGGGCCGACUUGACUAUCAUUGCUGCAGGGGAGGGAACGGCAGACCAGGGACUUCCAGGUAUCAGUUACGAGCGCACAAUUCAAAGGUCGGCCCAAAUUCAGCCUGACCUCUGGCUCUAUACUGCCACACGACAACCGCUCGUCACUCGAAGCGGAAUUGCGUUAAGCUGCCCUUGGUCCACGCGAGGUUGGACUCUUCAAGAACAGGUGCUCUCGCUACGAUGCCUAUUUUUCCUGGAGGACCAGGUCAUUUGGCGGUGUCAAAGUUGCGACCGAUUCGAGGACCUUGCACUGGAGCGAACGUCUGAAGAGCCGCUACAUUUGCGACUUGAAUGGGCUCGGACCCAGCCAGAAGGGCAGACGCGCAAGGCUCAUCACUCAAAACCACAGCACGCGGCCAACAUCUUCCACAUUGAAAAUCCAUUCAUGUUUGAGCAGAACUUCGCGGCUCUGGCAAAGGCCUACGCAACACGAACCCUUAGCUUCAACAGCGACAUUGAGAACGCUUUUCAGGGAAUCAUGACAGGUUUGGCUAAAGACUUCCACAAAGGAAUCCCCGUCAAAAGGUUCGAAGAAUACUUAUGCUGGAGCAGACACGACCCCAGAAAGCAGCUCCUCUGCCGUCGAAAUGAUUGUCCCGUGCCGAGCUGGUCAUGGAUGGCUUGGAAGGGUCCGAUAUCAUUCACGGAAGUUGCUUCCACAACGUUUCCGGCAAUAGUCUGUUACAGACGUGUAGCCCAGCAGACCGACGACCCGGCGCAUCUUAUUACUGUUCAGCUGCACACAGUCACCCAAAAGCGCUUCUCCGACCUCUCCGGCAGUGGAUGUCACGAGGAUUCCGACGUGCGCUCUUACCUGACAAACGGUGCAGACCGCGAAUGGAGGAAACUGCGAGACGACCCUCGGCUCACGCUUUCGAUUUCAGACAUCAAGGACGUCGAAAUCAAUUUGAACCAUCUCCUCUUCUAUGCAGACGUGGCAGAUCGUGUUGAGGUCCGCCUCGUUUCUUCUCGACAAGCUGGGAGACACACUUGGAUGGAAUCAUACGAGAUCCUGGACGCAGACAACCCGCGACACCCGUUGUUGAAGUUCAAGGAGCUGGCAGGCGAAAACUCCACCUUCGGCACCGCAGAAUCCUCCGGCGCAGCGGACCUGGCGACGAUCCAAAAACCUGAAAAUGAGCGCAAGGAUCAUUCGCUAUUCGCCGUCGCCAACCUCUUCCGCACGACGUACAACUACAGCGGUGGAAGCGAAUCCCGCGAAUACGCUCGAGACAGAGUGUGCGUGAUGCGGGUGUCGUGGCAUGGGCGGGUUGCGCGACGGGAAGGGGUGCACAUGAUCAACAGCAAGCAGUGGGACCCCCUGCCGAAGAGGAGGGAGUUGAUCAUCUUGGGUUGA